AUGGCUGCCAACUUCUCGGCUUCCCAUGACAGCGCGAUCUGCCUCAUCCCCCCUGAGGACCUUUGGUCACCAAUCAACUCAAUCAGGAGGCUUUAUGACAAGGCACACGAAAAAUGGCCGCCACAUAUCAAUCUAGUUUAUCCUUUUGUCCGGCCCGACCUCAUACCUGAAGUUGUUGAUAUUCUUCGCCGAUUGGAUUUGACAUCCCUGGCUCCGACAACCAUCAGCCUACGGGAGGCCGACGCCUUCAAUCACAAGAGCCACAACACCAUCAUUCUACGUCCAAGGCAACGAGGUCCUAGACUUGCCUCUGAAUUAGUAAAUGCCAUUCGCGAAGCCGUUGGCUGGCCCGCUCAAGAUGACUAUAACGCACACAUGACAGUUGGGCAGACUGAGGACGCUGAAUCGGACUCGCACAACUUCUUGAUGAAUAAGGCUCGCCUCUUGACGCCGGUAACCUGGGAUGUUGGACGACUAGCUAUUCUCGUGAGAGAUUCGCCGGGCGGCCCUGUAUCGGGGCGACCUAUGCAACUCUGGGGCUAUAUCGACAUUCACAGUCAGCAACUGCAUCAGUCUCUCCCUCCCCUAAAAUUUCACCUCGACGCAAGCAAACAAGGUGCCCAUGCUCAGGAGACAUUUCAGUUCAGCCCGUCUAGCCUCUCGUGGCAUACCAUGGCAGACAUUCCCCCUCAUCACCCGUCACCUCAGAUCCCGGAUCCAACUAGACGCCUAGUUGUGGCAUCUUACAACGUUUUGGCUGAGUUUCAAUGGCCUCCGGGCGCAAGCAGAUAUCCAUCUCUCAUAUCCAAUAUAUUAUCAGAGAGGGCUGCUGCUGAUGUAUUAGUGCUUCAAGAAGUUACAGACCAUUUCCUCCCAUUUCUCCUACAAGACCAGGACGUGCGGACUCAAUAUCGAUUUUCAACCCACGGGCCACCAGGCCAUCCUGGGCACAGGCCCCUACCAAGCUUGCUCAAUGUCGUGGUCUUGAGUAAACUGCCUUUUAGCUGGGACUACUUGCCAUUCGCGAGGAAACACAAGGGUGCGGCCGUUCUCAAGCUCGCCAUCUCCAGCGAGACCUCGUCGACAAACCCCGACGCUUACCCAAUCAUCCUCACAGCUUGCCACCUUUCCCAAGGCUUGACGGAUGGCGCAGUGGUAGCAAAAAAGAACGAGUUGCACAAACUGGUGACAUAUUUAUCGACAGAGUUCUCCAGGCAUCCAUGGAUUAUUGCUGGAGAUUUUAAUCUCGCCACAUCGGCAUUCACCAUUGAUCAAGCCCGGCAAAAGGGGCAACUCUCCUCUUGCGGAUACCAGUACCUCUGCGAAAUAGAUCAAAUUUUUGCUGAUUACAGGCUCCAAGACGCAUGGCUUCUGACACGCCUUCGCUCCGGAGUUUCACAAGACACAUGCAGCCAUUCGCAGUUGGCUGGAGACUUGUUCGAAGGUGAACAAGGAGCUACCUUUGAUCCUUUAAACAAUAAUUUGGCAGAAAUGGCCGUCGGAAGCGGACUUAACAAUCGUCCGCAAAGAUAUGACAGAAUUCUGUUCAAUAGUGCUUUUUCUCUAAGUGCCUGCGGGUUCAACACAUUCGGGCGGCCAGUUGCUGAUACUAACACUGGAAAUUCUGCAGCCAGCGAUCACUGGGGCAUUCGUUGUCUCUUUAAGAAUUUGGAGGGUAGCGAAAGUAUCACCAUCGGUGGCAGUGGCCAUACUGUGGCGACGAAUUUUCGAAAAGCUCCGUCAUCUUUGGGCAACCUUGAAGAUUUGAAAAACAGUUUGGUGACUCUUGGCUGUUUGCCAACCUCAAGGGAAGAAGAGCUUCGAAGAAAAGCGAUUAAUGCCUUGCGAGAUGUCUUGUGCGAACCUGACAAGGAACACAUGGGUCAGAGGCAGCGAGCUGGCUUUGACGUAAUUCUUAUUCCUGUGGGCUCGUACGGCCUCGGGGUCUGGACACCUGAUUCAGACGUAGACUGCCUCUGUGUGGGCAAUAUAAGCUCGAAAACCUUCUUUGCACUUGCUGUGUCCAAAAUCAAGAGAGCAAGAAACAGAGACGUGAAUAUUAUUCGGAUAGUUCGCGCAAAAACGGGCACGAUGCUCGAGCUUAUCGUCUUGGGAGUCAAGUUUGAUCUGCAAUACUGUGCCGCCGCUCAGAUUACGAAAUACUACCCUGACAUCAUGAACCACCCAGCCAGCGAUCCGGCAUUCAAUUUACCCAUUCAAACAUUAUCAAAGCUCAAACCAGCCCGAGACCUGGCUUAUUUGCGAAGGUCUAUUCCCGACUUGGCGAAAUAUCGUCUUGCUCACCUACUUGUCAAAGCCUGGGCCAAGUCUCGAGGCUUGUAUUCAGCCAGGUUUGGUUUGCUCGGGGGCAUCAACGUCUCCGCGAUGCUCGUGCCCAUAUGUAAAAUACUAGCAUAUGAGGGAAGAAAUGCGACAACAGCUGAUAUAUUGACCACCUUUUUUCACCAUUACGCUGGCUUCGACUGGAAGAGCAACAUGGUCUUCGAUCCCUUGUUUCACGGCAAUGUCAAAUAUCAUCGCACACAGCGUGAAUGCAUGUGCCUUUUAGGCUGGCACGCACCUUCCCUGAACACUGCGCUCAAUGCUUCAGUUGCCACGGUUGGUACGCUUUCUUCUGAGCUGGUGCGAGCUAGGAACCUAUUGUUGCAAGAAGGCGUCGAUUGGAACACGUUCCUGCGUGGGACGAAACCGCUGACGGCAUUAUCGGAGCUUACAGCCGGCAACGCUUCUGACUUCUUGAUCUGUUAUAAGAGCUACAUUAAAAUUGACGCGCGCUACUGGGGCUCGUCUCCCAGCAAAGGCAGGAGGUUUGUUGGCUGGUUAGAGUCACGAUGUGUCAUGAUUUUGGUUGACGUGAACCGAAAAGCCCCAGCUCUUGCUACCCGCAUCUGGCCGGCAAGAUUCGUCUCGCAGGGUGACGACGCCGAAACCCAGGAGUUCCACUAUAGCUAUCUCGUAGGCUUGGCAUGGCAAGAUGUUCAAGGCUCCAACAAACCCAAAGAGGAGGCAAAAAACGUGGAGCAAUCGUUGCUUUCAAUCCUUCAGGAUUUUGAGAACCGCAUACGGACCGAUCAGAAAUACUUCGACUCCGGGUCUUGCUGGGCAAUGGCAUCGCUGGUCGGUACCAAUGACGUGCAGCAGCUCCAGCUAGACCAGCAAUCGUGGAGAGACGGGAACGCUGGGGAUACGGACUCGGAAGGAUGCUUGGACCUCGAGGAAGAGGAGGAGGAAGAGGAUGAUGGCGCACAAGAGCUACCAGCUUCAACUCCAAUAACUUUGGAGAGGCGAAGUACAGGGUCGAAAUCGAACAUUGAAGUAUCUGCAUCAGGGAAACUUCGCACAGCGACAGAUGUCAUGAACCGCCUACGCUGGGACUCUGCGAUGGAUUCCAGCAAUUAUCUAGUUGGUUAUGAGGACAGAUUCACGGGAGCGAAGGAGAAAGACUUAGGGCAAUGGAAAACUGAACAAACGGAUGAGGAGUUUAUUCCACAGCAUCGAAUUCUAUACUUCAAGCGCAAAACUGACAGUUUCAUAGUCUGGGAAAGAAGGACAAGGACUGACAACAUUUUUGGUAGCGGUGUAGGUUGA